AUACGCGACGAAUAUGCAUCAAUACGGAAAAGAGAAUCGUGUUUACGUUGCACCGUCCGAAGAGCAAACGCGUCUACGCUGUUUGAUUUAUUAUCGGCGCGAUAAUACCCCUCUGAAAUAUGGCUUGCUGAUUAAGAAAGAACGACCGCAAAGAACCCAAAUAAAACAGCAAAAGAUUUAAGAAACCAGACCAUAUAUUCUUUAUUUGAAAAUAGUUGAGAUUCCAGACUCCCACCAUCGUUGCAAGCUUUUCAGCAUAUGGAGUUCUGAGAAAAUUCUCGAAAGGAACGAUGGCGUCCUUUGGUGCAGGGCCCUUUCAUUCAAGACAAGGGCUAAGCAGCAGAACGAAUAAUGUCCAGAGCGAGGAGCUUCAAUUGAGGGUUGACCCAAUCCACGGAGACGUUGAUGACACGAUUUCUGAUCUUCAUCACAAAGUUUUAGGGCUCAAAAAUGUAGCUCAGGCAACAGAGUCCGAGACCAAGUUCCAGAAUGAUUUUCUAAGCCAGCUGGAAAUGACAAUGAUCAAAGCUCAGGCUGGAGUUUAGAACAAUAUGAGAAGAUUAAAUAGAAGCAUAAUACAGCAUGGUUCUAGUCAUGUAGCGUAUGUGAUUACCUUUGGUUUGUUAAUCUUCUUCAUUCUUUAUCUGUUAUCCAAAUUUUCAAGAAGAUAAGCAAUAUGAAAUUGUAAAAAUGACCAUUAGUUUUCUGCCAUUUGAAGGUGGAAAUGCAUGGGCAAAAGUGGGUUUGAUAUAUCAAGAAUUUGAAGUUUCUGCUGGAAGGCUUUUAGAUUUGAAAUUCGAUCUUUUGAUGUGGACUUAAGACAGGCUAAAAUGGCCCUGAUGUGGAAUAAGUUGGCCAACUGAUAAAUGGGCCAGAAUUCUUUUAGGUGUAACUAACCUUAAUUUCAUGUUUUCUUGUAUACAAUUCUUAGUUCAAAGUGAAAGCUUACUCUAGCGUUCAAAGAUUGACUAUUGCUACAAUAGUACAUGUGUUGGUUGUCAAAAGGACUGGAGGAUAUGAGACAAGUAAAAUUUUAAAAGUGUGGAAGUUAAGGCA